ACAUUUCCCUUCCAUUUGAAAAAUAAUGGCUUCUAACACUCUCAAGCUCAUUGCCAUGCUCUCCCUUACUAUUUCAGUCCUCUUAUCUUUGUAUCCUCACUCAACCUUCUCAUUCGAAAUGGAGGAUUUCGACGAUGAGGAGGAAUACGUGCCUGAUGAACCUGCCAUCAUCCCCAACCUUCGAUCGAGAAGCCGGUUCUUGAAAACCUCACCCAAGAAAGAUAAGAUUAGGAAAGGUGCACAUUGCGAGCCCGACCCUUAUCACAACAUAUGCAAUGGCCUUUCGGUGAACAACGGGACCGGCAUAUUGUAUUGCUGCAAGACGCAUUGUCGUAAUGUGCUCCGUGAUUGGAACAACUGCGGUGAAUGCGGCCACCGGUGCAAGUUCGGGGAACGUUGCUGCGGUGGGGUUUGUACGGAUGUUGUUUACAAUGUUAACCAUUGUGGCAAGUGUGACAAGCAGUGUUCGCCGGGAGUUCAGUGUGACUUUGGGUAUUGUGGUUAUGCUUAGAUUUAAGUAUUUAUAAUGAUUUUUAUCAAAAUAUAUUGGCAAAUUUACUUGGGGCUGUUUUGGUUAUGAAUAACACUUCGUUAUCGAUAUAUUUUUGUAUAAUGAGGGGAAGGAUAUGUAGAUUAUACACAUAUAUAUUUAUGUAAAAAACGAGUUUUAUACGGUGGAUCUUGAGCUUGUUGUAAUUGAUUUUAGCCAUUGUUUUUAUAUACAUUAUUCGAAUUUUAUA